AAGCGUCUUACUAUCCGCAGAGUCAAGAACAUGGCGGCGCUCCGUGUGGUCGUGUUCUCCGGUACCGGGAGAACCCUCCUGAACACAUCCAAAGCCCUGCAUACUCCACGGGCCAGUAUGUCAUUCGCUAGCCUGCCGAAAGGGAAGAAGAUGGCCCUGACCACGAUUGGGGUGUUGACGACAGGAGGAGCUGGUCUGGCUCUGAUGCUUCAGCAGUCGGUCAAGGCCUCAGAUCUGGAGCUGCACCCGCCGACAUACCCCUGGAGCCAUGGCGGCUUUCUGUCCUCCCUUGACCAUGCCAGUGUUCGUCGUGGAUAUCAGGUAUAUAAACAGGUCUGCUCGGCCUGUCACAGUAUGGAGUAUUUGGCUUUCCGUAACCUGGUUGGAGUUUCACACACAGAGGACGAGGUCAAGACUUUGGCUGAAGAGAUUGAAGUUGUUGAUGGACCUGACGACAAUGGAGAGAUGUUCACUAGACCUGGAAAACUGUCCGAUUAUUUCCCCAAACCUUACGCCAACCCUGAGGCUGCCCGUGCUGCCAACAACGGCGCUCUGCCCCCUGACCUCAGCUAUAUCGUCAAUGCCAGGCAUGGAGGGGAAGAUUACGUGUUUUCUCUUCUGACGGGUUACUGUGAUCCUCCGGCUGGUGUGUCUUUGAGGGAAGGGCUCUAUUAUAACCCAUAUUUCCCUGGCCAGGCUAUUGGAAUGGCACCACCCAUCUAUAAUGAGGUGCUUGAGUAUGAUGAUGGAACCCCUGCCACUAUGAGCCAGGUUGCUAAAGAUGUCUGUACUUUCCUGAGGUGGGCAGCCGAGCCAGAACAUGACGACCGCAAACGGAUGGGUUUAAAGGUGUUGUUGGGUGGUGCUAUGCUUAUUCCAUUGAUCUACUACAUAAAGAGGCAUAAGUGGUCUGUGUUGAAGAGCAGAAAGAUCGCCUACAGGCCUCCGAAAUAAAGCCAAACUGUUGCCUUCACUGGGCCUUGACACCACAUAAUAAAACCUGAUUCACGAUUGUCCGAUCUUUUUCAGAAUGCACAGUGCUUCAAGAUAAGGUUUGCUAUCAUCAAUAACUGCUGGACAUCCAUUCAGAUGCUCCUAAAUGACUUGGGGAGUGGGACUGAAACAACCCUAGUGAUGUUUUACUGUACAAUAAUUAUCAAUGAAUUAUUUGUGGUCGUUUGGCGAGGCGAUGUGAUCGGAGGAAAAAAAUUCUAAAUACAUUUGCAACCUUCUUGUGCUUUGUGAGAUCUGUCCUUGCAGUAGGUUCUCUACACUUUGUUGUGUAAAUAUUUAAUAAAAGCGGUAUACCCUCAUGACCUCUUAUUACAAA